AUGCCGCGCCGCAUGAGGGCUGCCGAUCAAGGGCCGCUGGACUGGCUGGUGCCCUUCAUCCCGCCAGUACUACGCGUGAACCGUGAUACGCGUGCUAAGAUUCGCCGCAAGGUGGAGCAGUUGUUGUCGAAGGAAACAUUAGAGAGCGUGGCACUUGCCCUCCGACCUCAUUGGCGUUCUCUCGCUUCUUACUCUUUGGUGGCAUCCGUUUGGAUCGGAGGGCUGAUGUACAUCCACGAUAAUGAACCCGAAUUCGCGGCGGCGUAUGUCAUUCUCUCAGGUUUCGCUGUGCUGUGCUAUCAUUUGCUGUUUGGCGGAGAGAGUCGUGCAGACGGUAUGAGCGCAUACUCCGUUUUCAAUCGCGGCGCUCAGAGAAUGCUGGGUUCGUUGUCGGCAGAACAGUUUGAGAAUGAGAUCCGCCAUCGGCAGCCAGGAUAUGAAGAUGCCCCGAUCCCACGCCGACCUGGUGGUGCAGCACAGGCUCUUGAUCACCAUGAUGAGGUGUACGAUGAAGAUGAUCCUGACUUGCUGGAGGCACUGAAGCUUUCACUCCAGGAAAAGAAGCGGGAGGCCCGUCGAGCUCGACGUACUAGUCGUAGGAAAACCCCAGCGGGCAACGACUGA